AUGUUUCGGCGCCAGAUAUAUUCAGCGCUUUGUCUGAGAAGGACGCCAGCAUACACAACAGCUCCUCCCUUUGCGCCUCGAUUCAAGAGAUAUCAAGCUUUUGAUGCCGAAUUCGACAAAGAUGCUCUCGCUGAAGCCCGUUCAUGGUUCCAGUCCUUUACUCCAACACAGCUUCCAAAAGGCAAUACCACAUACGCCAGAUCGAGCGGACCAGGUGGGCAACACGUCAAUAAAACCGAAACAAAGGCAAUCACGGCCUAUCCAGUUGAACAGUUACUCUCAGCACUUCCCAAAUCACUACAUUCUAGCAUACGAAAAUCCAAAUAUUACACUUCAACCAAUGAUUCCCUGACCUUCCAGGCUCAAGACUCACGGUCGCGGGACGCAAACGCGGAAGGCAACAGGAGAAAGUUGGUUGAGGAGGUCGCGCGCAUGUAUAAAGAUGCCACACCUGCCGAGACAAGCGUAGAGAAGAAAAAGAAACAUGAAGAAAUGUGA